AUGGAUCCCAUUAAAAGUGGUGGGAGGGGGAGAAUUCUUAUGUGUUUCAAGCCCACAUUUGAUUAUGAUGAUGAACACAAUGGUGGUGACCUGGCGGAUUCACCAACAUCUUCAAGGAGAAGGAAGACAAGGACCCGCAAGAGCUUCAAAACAUUCUUGUUGAAGAAAUUCAGAGGUGAUCAACAUACUAACAAAGAUUUCGAUCGAUUGAGUAGCGGCUCAUCAUCCAAAAGCAAGAAAUUUGUUAGAUUGUUGAAGACGGUGGAGAAAAUUUACAGAGAGAGAGAGGAAGAGAAUGAAAAGAGAUGCGUGCAUUGA